AGCGUCGCAGCGCGAGUUGACCAAUUGAAAACGGGGUAGGGGAGCCAUUCAAUUGAAUCAAAUUAAUGAGCACAACCAGGAUCUUGAAUGCACGACUAAGCCUCAAGGACUAUGUAGGAUGCGAGCUAUGCAGCUAUGACAUUUGAAUAUCGAAUUGCCAAUGCGACAAUGAAUUGUAUUUGAAGGCACGCCUGUUCUACCUAUACAGCAUGAGUGAUCAAAUGACAAGGAUGUUGGGCGGCGCCCGUAUGGACGUGCAAGUGCAAGUGCUUUCUCCUGAAGUUCGUAUGGAAGAUAAAUUUCUUCCCAUGAAAGACGAGGAUAUGAACUUGCGAGGGCUGUAUCUACAUUCACAAGAGUGCUACACGGAAGAGGACCUCACGGACAAUAGAAACGCUCAUGGCAGUGGUGUGACGCGAGGUUUAGUCGCACGGCACCGACACGUACCCGAAUGGAACAGGUGGGCAGAGAUGGCAUGCGUUGCGCCUUGUCCAGGACACUUCUGCACACGAAGCUGUGCACAUACCUUCCCGGAGAAAGCAACAGUCGAGGAUGCGCCGGAGGGCACCGCAUUCGGACUAGGUCGGUUGAUGGAAGGUGAAGAACGCACGGCGGCAACUCUGAGUGCGACGGGCAUGCACUCGUUAAGCGAGGGCCAUCAUCGAAAACUUCAGCCCAUCCGUAUUGAACUGAACGAUGGUAUGAGCGAGCUGAGUGCAGCGAAGAGAGCUCACCUUUCGCACCCCCUUAUCAAUGGUGCAGACCCAGCCUAUCAGGACAGCAGUUUGUUCUUAAUCAUAGAGGUCGUCGAGACUGCCCAGGCCAAGGCAAUCUAUUGGCGGCAUGCUACGCUUUUGGCCAGCGCAGCCUCCUUGGAGUCGGGAAUGAAAUGUCCGUGCUUCGGAUAG